GGGAUAUUCAUAAUCACUUCAUAAUGAGGAGAGGCGUCCGAGGAGAAGGAGCGCCGGAGAACCAUCACCAGGGUCUGACAGAGGAGAAGAAGACCAGAGAAGAAAGGAGGAGAGAGUGGAUCCUGUGAUGUCCGUAGUUGGCGCGCAGCCUUUUAUCAAACCGAUGCAGCCUUCCGUUUCCCCCGGAAUCCAGAGGAGACACACGCUUCCUGCCAGCGAAGUGCGGCCUCUGAACGCGCAGGAUGCCAUCAGCGUGUUUGAAAUCGAGCGAGAAGCCUUUAUCUCUGUGUCUGGUGAGUGUCCUCUCCACCUGGAUGAGGUGCGUCACUUCCUCUCUCUGUGUCCGGAGCUGUCGAUGGGCUGGAUAGAGGAGGGCCGGCUGGUGGCGUUUAUCAUCGGCUCUCUGUGGGACAAGGACAGACUCACUACAGACGCGCUGACCCUCCAUAAGCCCCGCGGCUCCACCGUGCACAUCCACAUCCUGGCCGUGCACCGCACCUUCCGGCAGCAGGGCAAAGGGCCGGUGCUGCUGUGGCGCUACCUGCAGUACCUGCGCUGCCUGCCGCAGGUGCGCCGCGCCGUGCUCAUGUGCGAGGACUUCCUCAUCCCCUUCUACCGGAAGUGCGGAUUCAAGGUGCUGGGCCGCUGUGCCAUCACCGUGGCCAGCAUGAGCUUCACGGAGAUGUGGUGCCCGAUAAGUGGACACGCCUACAUGCGGCGCAACAGCGAGGCCAUCCGGUUCCCGCAGAGCCCGCUGACCGUGCUGAAACCGGACGCCGAGGAGCCGCUGGACGUAUGACCCGGCUGCUCAGGCAGAUUCAUCCACACUGUUUUAGUCUUUUUCUUUUAAACAAAUAUACUUAUUGGCAUUUUGUUUUUCCAAGCAAAAGACUUCUACAUUCAUGAAUAAAUCCCAGAUACGUAAACGGACGUGUGCAUUUGUUAAUGGGUAUUUAACAGUGAGUUAGCUACUCCCUUUUUUACAUGUUUUUCUUUUGACAAAUAUAUUUACUGGCCUUUUUUUUCCAGCAAAAGACAGGUACAAAUGUUUAAGCCACCCAAGAAAUAAAAACAAAUGGAAAAAACCCACAAUGAGGAACCACAAGAAGCUCUACAACAUCAUCCAUUUCUUUCAUACUAACUCAACAAGGUUUGGGUCUUUUCCCCAAAUAAUGUAAACAUUUCUCCAUAUUUUAGCCUUUUUACAGUUCUCCUUUGGUUGUUUUGUCCCUCAAACUGUGUUGAAUUCAAUC